AGAAUUGAAUGCAAGUUUAUUGGCGUCAAAUGAAUGCAUAAAUGCAAUUCAGAAAGUAGCCACAUUCAGUUCAGGGCGCGAAACUGGAAGAAAGUCUCCCGAAGAAUUGUUACAGAUGGGUUAUCAUUUGUAAUAAAAGUUGUAUGAGCAGCUGCUGUGAAGUGAUAUAAUUUUAUGGCCAUUUCGUUGUAACUUGUUAGCAACAUGAUGGGCGAUUGGAACAAAUAACGAAUAUUUGUUAGGUUAGGUCUGUUGAUCUUAACGUGGUUACAAACUGUAGCCUUUCAGAAUAGAAAAGCAUGCUUAAUACAGAGUGCAUAUUUGCUAUAGCAGUUACAGAUGCAUAUAACCAGCGGGUUAUAGCUACUUUAUCAGCACUGAAGUAGUGAUAACAAGGUUCCUCUGGGCUGUUCUGCAUAUUCCGUUUAAAGGGAUGGAUGGAAGUAUUGUGCGAAUAACCUUGCAAGAUUUCAUGACAUACAAAAAGGUGGUGUUUGAUGCUGGACCAAACAUUAAUCUUAUUAUAGGUCCAAAUGGAGCAGGGAAGUCUACCAUUGUUUGUGCAAUGCUUUUGGGCCUUGGAGGAAAACCAAAGCUGUUGGGACGUACUGUAGCUCUAAACUCAUACAUCAGAACAAGCUGCAAGAUUGCCAGAAUAGAAAUAGAGUUGAAGAACUCCAGAGGAGAUAAUUAUGUUAUAACAAGGACUAUAACAGUUGAUGGAAAAUCCUCAUGGCAGCUGGGAUUAACUGCAGCAACGCAGAAGCAGGUUGAAGAUCUUGUUAGCAAACUAAACAUCCAAGUUUAUAAUUUGUGCCAGUUCUUGCCUCAGGACAGGGUGGCAGAUUUUUCAAAGAUGAACCCACAGCAACUGCUGGAGAAUACAGAGAGAUGUAUUGGUCCGGCAGAAAUGUUUGAACAUCACACACAGCUGAAGGAAUUACACAAACAACAAGUAGAAUUGGAACACCAACUUAAGAAUGUGUCUGGAAGGCUACAAAGUGAAAAAAAAAUAAAUAGCAGAGUAGAGGUGGAAAUGGUGAAUAUGAUGGAGAAGAAGACGCUGCUUCAGAAGGUCGAAGAAUUAAAGCAGAAACGUGCUUGGUUGCUGCACAAUUCCAUGCAGUCCAGAGUAAUGAAGAUGAAAGUAGAUAAAAAGAACGCUACAAAAUAUUCAGCAAUGCAUGAGAAGAGAUACGAACCAAUGGAAAGAAUAAUUGAGGCUGCGAAAGCCAAGGUGAAGGAGACUGAGCGUAGUCUUGGAGCUGUGAAUGCAGAGGCAAAAAGGAAGCUUGCAGCACUGACAGACAUGUUGGAGUCCAUAGAGAAAACAGAGGAUCUGAUUAAGGAAAACAGGCAAGAUUGUGAACGCAAGAUUCAAGCUGAGCAGCUGCGUCAGAAGGAAGUUAGCUACUUGUUGCAACAGAUCAACAAAUUGCAGAAUGACUUGAAGGGAUCCACAAAGGAGUCAGUAAAUGCUCUUAGAACUGAACUGGAUGUUGUGAAAAAACAAAUGAAUGAGAAAACAGACUGUAUCAGCAGACUGCGCCAUGAGAGAGAGAAGCACCGCAGUGAUCUUGAAAACAUCACUCAUAAAAUUGGCUUGCAGAAAGAGGAACAACGGAAGAUUCAGGAUGUAGCAAAUCAGCGUUUGGAGUUGUUACGUCGUAAACAUAAAGACGUGUAUGAUGCUGUGAUGUCGCUCCGUGAGAAUAAGAACAAGUUCCAUCAUCACAUAUAUGAUCCAAUGAUGUUAGAGAUUAAUGUGACAAAUCCAUCUGAUGCAAAAUAUAUAGAGAAAAUGAUACCACAUCGAGAUUUACUUGCAUUUACUUGUGAAGACAAAGAAGAUAUGAACAGUUUAGUGAGCAUCUUUCGGGACCAAAAGAAUUUGAAGAUCAAUGUUGUGCAUUCAGGAAGUGAACAUAGGCCAUUUUCAAGCUUCAAGCCAAAUGUUCCAAUAAGUAACCUCAGGCAUCUGGGGUUCUACACUUACGUGGUGGACAUGAUCACUGCCCCAGAACCAAUAAUGAAAUACCUCUGUAGAAUGUAUCACAUCCACAAUAUUCCCGUGGGGGAUUCCAGUACAUUCACUUGCUCUGACCAGGUACCAGGUUCAUUCAACUACUUUUUCUCUGAUAAGCAUGUAUUUCAAGUGAGAUGCUCUAAGUACUCUGGAGAAAAGUCAACAAACACGAGUGAAAUUCCUGACCCUUUCUACCUUGCCAUUUCAACGAAUGUGCAGCUCUUGCAACAAGUACAGGACAAAUUGAUUGAUCUGAAUGGACAGAAACAGCAAAAGAUUAGCACAUUGGAAGACAUUCAGAAACAGAUGCAUCAGAUUGAAGUGGAAAUGGAAGAAAUGCGUUCUCGCAAGCAUAGUCUUAUGGAGCGCAUGGAGCAGCUGAGAACUGUAGAAGUUAAACUCAGUGCGAAGCAGAGGCAAUGGGAGAACCUGGAACAGGAGAAGUUGGACCCUGAGUUGGAGAAAGCCAAGUGUAGGGCGGAUAAUCAGUUGCUAGUGUUGAAAUUGACUGAUCAGAAUGUGCAGAUGAUCAAGCUUUUUAAUCAUUAUGACCAGUCUCUCAUUGAGAAUCAAAUUUUGCAUCAAGAGUUGGAGAAUGUGAGAAAUGAAACUACAAAGAGAGAAAUGGAGUCACGUCAUCUCCUCCAGAAGUGGAAUGAAGCCAAGAUGAUGGCUCUAAAUAUAGAGGAGAAAUUGCACGAAGCAGAAAUUGAAUUAAAGAGGCUUUUUGAAGAAGCUAAAGCUAUGACAGGGGGUGUUAGCCCUGAUGAUGUGGAAUUUGAGAAAUUCAGAAGCGUGUUCCUUGGAUUUGGAAACACUGAAGAAGAAGUGAACAGAGAAAUUCAAGAGACAAAAGCCAAGGCUGACUGUCUGAGGGAUGCAAAUGAAAUGGUGAUACAAGACUAUGAGGCACGGAAAAGUCAAAUUGUUUCACUGACUGCUGACAUUCAGAUAAGGGAAAAGGAAUCUGAGACGCUGAAAGAAGAGAUGGCAAGAAUCAGUGGACUAUGGCUUCCACCCCUAAGGAAACUUAUGUCACAGUUUAACAAGAAAUAUGGAGAAUGUUUUGCUAGACUUGGAUGUGUUGGUGAAGUGACUUUGUUUACAGGAGAUGACGAGAAAGAUUAUGAGCAGUAUGGCCUGAACAUUAAAGUGAAGUUCAGAGAUGGUGAGCAGCUUCAGGAACUCACUCAGCGUCUUCAGAGUGGGGGAGAAAGGGCUGUUGCCACAGCGAUAUACUUGAUCUCAUUACAAGAAAUCACACAUGUGCCUUUCUGUUGUGUGGAUGAGAUAAACCAGGGCAUGGAUGCUAUUAAUGAACGCAUGAUAUUUGAACUUAUGGUGACCACAUCGAAACGGAUUGGCAGUGCUCAGUACUUCUUUUUGACUCCAAAGCUGCUGCCUUCACUGUUGUAUGACCACACGGUGGUGGUGCGCUGUAUUAUGAACGGUGCUGGUGCUCUGUCUAGUGAUGACUGGAACAUCAGUGACAUCCUUAGGAAGAAAGCAAGACUUAGUCGGAAACAGCUGUAAGGUUUGUUGCAUAAUCUCAUGUGGUGGUGACUUACGUAUUACAAGAACAAAUCCUGUUUGGUGCAUGGCGGAGGUGAUGAGGUUUAGUCACAUUCAUCAAGGGUUGAAACAGGCCAGAGGCUUGUAGUGUGUGCAGUUCUUCAGUAACUUUCCAGCCAGUGGAAGAAAGAGUAAUUAAUUUCAUCCUCGCAUCUUAUUGUUAUCACAAAUAACCUUGUUUAAAUUAGCUGGUUUGAUUGCAUUAAGAUUUUGUGAAUCUAGAAGUUAUGGCUGAUGUCCCUCAAGUGCUGCUCAGCAGAAAUAAUAACUUUUGGCAUAAUUUAAAAUGAGACAUUGUUAUAUAUCACAAGGAACAAUGGGUUUUCUGUCCAUGUGUGUGUCCAGCUCUCUCUCUAAUGGCUUUUGAAGUAGCAGACUGUGAGGCUAGGAACAACUGUAAAUGAAUAAUUAUACAAUUUUGUGAUCCAUUGUAUAUGUAUAAUUUAAGUUAAUAAAUUAUAUGUUUCUGGAUA